CACGAUAUUAGCUGUUGAUAAUACUUUAUCAGCAAUCAAAUCAUUGCUAUCAGCCCUCGAAAUACCUACAGCUAAUGAACAAUGAAGAUAAGCAGAAUUAAACAUAAAUAUAAUCGCACCAAUAUUUUGAAAAAAUAACAAUAUGGACGUCAAUAAAGUUUUGUUUCGUAGUGAUCUUUAAUUAAUAAACAAACAGGCAAGUGGUUAAAAGUACCAAGUUUCGCUAACAGUGCGAUGAUCAUGACGUGCAAGAGUUGGCUUCUUUUAUUAGCUGUAGUAGCAUUGUGUGGAAUAAUAGAAGCGAGAAGCCGAAAUGAGAGCCGUUGUUAUCAGUUCACAUGGCUGGGUCCUCGAUUUCACAACGAGAGUGUAUUUAUGAACGCAACAUGUCGAGACGCCACGAGGCUGGCCAGUGGAGUUCCUUGCCAACAACCGCUCGUAGUAUCCGAUGAUGGGACAUGGCCUGAUGUUGAAUAUAUAUGGACCCAUCAUGCAGACGAAGCGACCUGUGUGUUAGCUGAUAAUGACGUCUGUGCACAGUAUACGUUUUAUUUUAACGGACGUGUGGAGAAUUCGACUUACAUGUGCACAAGAGCUCUAGAUUCAAACAAUACAGCCAUAACGAGUGGAUGUUACCAAGAGACCCACGGAAGUUUUUCGACAAGAACAGUUAUUUCGAAAUUGUUUGCCAACAUGUAUUCUGUGUUAACAAGAGUAAAUGCAAUAUUAACGUACACCCUCAGUGUUCUAGCAUGUCUAACGUUUCUGUGCUUUCUCUCCACAUUAACUGUAGAUUACAGAACUACCGCUCAAAUGAAUACAGUUAAAGUUGUAGUCAAGAAUGUUCCAGACUAUGGUGCCUCUAGAGAAAGAAAUGAUCUUGGUUACUUAACAUUUGAUCUCAAGACAGAUUUGUCAAAUCUAUUUAACUGGAAUGUGAAGCAAUUGUUUUUGUACCUCACCGCUGAAUAUGUUACACCGAAUAAUGAACUAAAUCAAGUGGUACUGUGGGACAAAAUCAUUUUGAGAGGAGAGAAUGCUGUAUUAGAUUUUAAGAAUAUGAACACAAAAUACUAUUUCUGGGAUGAUGGAAAUGGUUUAAAGGGUCACAACAACGUCACGCUAACUCUGUCAUGGAACAUCAUCCCCAAUGCAGGCUUACUUCCAAACAUCCCAGCUAUUGGCCAACACUCGUUUAAGUUUCCAGUAGACUAUACUCAAGCAAGGGUAUGAUUUACCGAGAUGCAUUUAGAACUUGUGUAGGUGAAAUUUGAAAUGUGUGUUAUUUGAUAAGACAGAAUAUACAAUUUAUUUA